AUGGCCUGGACCGGGAGCGGGACGGAUCGAUUCCUUCGCCGGCAGCCCGCGGGCGAGGACCGAAUCAGCACCCUCCCCGACGAUCUCUUCCUCCUUGUCCUGCGCCGCCUCGACACUCGCACGGCCCUCGGCACCGGUGUUCUCUCCAGUCGCUGGGCCAGCCUCCCCCGGGAGCUCCCUGCCUUGGAUUUCAACUUCUUUCGUGUCGGCGACAUACUCCCGCCGCGCUACCACCAAUGGAUCCGCCUCCACGGUGACCGCGGAACUCAUGCACUCAACACCGACAAGAAGCACAUCGUGCCUAACAUCAGGAGGUACGAGCGCCGCGCCAUGCGGGCCUUGGCCAGCUCCGUCCAAAGCAUCUUGGAUGCGCCGGCUGAUGACGACCGGCGGGUCAAUAGGCUGAGCCUCCAGUUCUUCAUCACCUCCAACUCUGGCUGCUGCAUGAACCGGCUAAUCGACAAGGCCCUUGAUACUUGGGGGGUGGAUGAUCUCGAGGCUGUUGCUAAGCCAACCUACUGGCACAGCCGGCAAGCACACACCUUUCCCAGCCAUGGCCUGUGCAAGGAGCCCCGCACGUCACGCCUGCGAAGACUGAAGCUUGGAGGUUGCCUGCUCCCGCCGAUGCACGAGUACAGCGCCCUCACUACACUCAUCCUGCAAGACCUGCCGGAAUCGACCCCCACAGCAGCCUACGAGGGUGUCUUCACCUCGUGCCAGCAGCUGCAGGUGCUUCACCUCAACUCCUGCGGCUGCAGUGGGGAUAAGAUCAUCGUGGUCGACGCCCCCAUGUCAGAGAUCAGAGAGCUUGUUGUGGACCACUGCGCGUUCCACCGUAUACGGCUCAGGGCUCUUCCUAGCCUUGAGCGCCUAGCAUCUCUGCAAACUAAAGUGUACUUCGAGUCUGGCUCAUGCCCCUCCCUCACGCAGCGGAAAUUCGCCUUGCGCCUCGGUACCACUCAUGAGGGAUUCCGCCAAUGUUUUAAGGAUUAUCUGGAGCUGGAGCUUGACCUGUUUUUCCAGCAUACCCCGGACAUAACCAACAUGAUUAUCCGGUUCACUGGACCUGACAGAUGGUUUGUGCCAUCAAGCUCCCCGUCGUUACUGUUGCCUAAUCUGAGGCGUCUACUUGUUGCCGAUGUGCCUUCGUCUUGGGAUGUCACAUGGCCCCGUCUUCUCCUUGAGAUGGCGCCGUCCCUCGAGGUUCUUCACAUUCACAUUACCCCUUGCACGGAGGAGCCCAAUGAUGAACUAUCCUGGCAGCCCACCAAGCGUCGGCAACAUCACUUGAAGGAGUUUGUGAUGGCUGGUUUCGAGGGAACUGAAAGGCAGAUUUACCUUGUCAAGUUCGUCAUGUCAGUCUGCACAACAUUGCGUCGGGUCAUCUUGUCCAAGAAUGGGUAUGCUCGAGACAAGGGGCACUGGGACUGGGAGAUGGUAACGCCGCAGUACUCAUGGCCCGACCAAGAGAAGGAUACUAUGCUGAAGCAGAUUAUGGAUGGUGUUUCUUCCUCGACUGCUCAUGUUCAUAUGGUUUGAGGCUGAAUCAGAUUAUGGAUGAGGGUUUUCCUCCACAGCUCUAAGCAGAUUAUUGAUGGUCGUUUUCCUCGGCAGCCCGGUUCAACUGUUUUGAGGAGGAUCCUCUAGUUUGCGCAUGCCAUGCAAUUGCAAGCUUCUAGU